AUGGCCGUUCCAGUGCUGUAUCCAACUCAAGAUGUCGUAUCUGGGUCGCCCACGUCCCCGGAAAGCCUGAACUCACCGCCUAGCAGGACUCCGCGAGGGUUCUACGUUUCUAACGACUGGCGAGGCGCUUCAUCGCGCACACAUGCGAAGACCAACAUAAAGAUCAAAAGCCCGUUGCUGUCGCCCGAGGAACCGUCUGAUCUGUCUGUGCCAAGCCUAGGAGGAAGCCCCAUGAUGUCGCCUCAUCUCAUGCAGACACAGUCGCCAGUGGAAAUAGUGUCGCCACAGGGUUCACGAGUGGGAUAUAGCUUUGACAGCGACGAGAGCCACGGGCAACACCAACGCGGCCGUCCCUGGUGGCAGCUCCUGUGGAUGCUGCUCUCGGUAGCGUUCAUCACGGUGCUCAUCCCGCUGGUCGUGUUUCUACUGCCGUACACACGCAUGGGCCGCCGGCCGCCCAACUUGGACGUCACCAGAGUGUUCAGCAAGGCCAGCCUCACUUCCAGCCCGUGGCCCGCCACGCAGAUGACAACGCCGGGCUUACCGAAGGAAACCUAUGACCCUGAAGAGAACUUCCUCCUACCGCCGGGCGAGACCAUGCAACAGUUCUGCAGCAGGAAGAUUGGGAGAUGGAUAAACUCUACAGUAGUCAAUAACCAGAUGCCAGCGAUCACCACCCUCGCUCCGAGACCGAAUGAUGUACAAUUGCGGCCAGUAAUCUGCGUCUUGAACGCUAAGUGAGCAUUCAUUUGGUGGCGCUAUAUGGUACAGCACUGGUGCAUUCACCACGCGGGCGGGCAUGCCUUCACAUGCCUGUCAUUUCAAUCGGCGAAAAAGUAAAGAUGGACUGAAUUGCAAUUGUGGCAUUUCGCGGUAUUAUACUGUGGUGUCAUUGUCUCCCGUCCAC